GCCACUUCCUUCUUUCCAGACAGGCUGUCUGCCGGCAUUUUCUAUUUCUUUCCCUUGUUCCGCCUCCAGCUCUUACGUUCAUCUGUUUUGCUGACUUGCUUAAGGGAUUCGGACGUAAUCAGUGCUAUUCACAGCGGUGUGCUGCACAAUGCCCGGGUUUUCAGACAGAGAUCGCGGCAGAGAUAGAGGGUAUGGCGGAGGGCCCCCUCGUUUUGGUGGAGGUGGUGGUGGAGGCAAUAGAGGUGGGCCUCCUGUUGGAAAGUUUGGCAAUCCGGGUGAGAGGCUGCGGAAGAAGCACUGGAACCUUGAUGAGCUUCCAAAGUUUCAAAAGAACUUCUACCAGGAGCACCCAGAUGUGACCCAUAGGCCACUUCAAGACGUUGAGCAGUACAGAAGAAGCAAAGAAGUUACGGUUAAAGGCAGAGAUUGCCCUAAACCAAUUGUAAAGUUCCAUGAAGCUGCUUUUCCAAGUUAUGUCAUGGAUGUUAUAGUAAAACAGAACUGGACUGAACCAACUCCCAUUCAGUCUCAGGGGUGGCCAGUUGCCCUCAGUGGAAAAGACAUGGUUGGCAUUGCUCAAACUGGUUCUGGCAAAACCCUUGCAUACCUCCUGCCUGCAAUUGUGCACAUCCAACAUCAGCCAUUCUUGGAGCAUGGAGAUGGACCUAUUUGCUUGGUGCUGGCGCCAACUCGUGAGCUAGCUCAGCAGGUGCAACAAGUAGCUGCUGAAUAUGGCAGAGCCUCCCGUCUCAAGACUACAUGUAUUUAUGGUGGAGCACCCAAAGGACCUCAAAUCAGGGACCUUGAAAGAGGUGUUGAGAUAUGCAUCGCUACACCAGGUCGUCUUAUUGACUUCCUGGAGUGUGGAAAAACCAACUUGCGCCGUUGCACUUAUCUGGUCUUAGAUGAAGCUGACCGCAUGCUGGACAUGGGUUUUGAACCACAGAUCCGCAAGAUAGUUGAACAAAUUCGGCCAGACCGUCAGACCCUAAUGUGGAGCGCCACCUGGCCCAAAGAAGUUCGCCAGCUGGCUGAGGACUUCCUGAAGGACUAUGUUCAGAUCAACAUCGGGGCACUGCAGCUCAGUGCCAAUCACAACAUCCUGCAGAUAGUUGAUGUUUGUAAUGACAUGGAGAAGGAGGACAAACUAAUUCGUUUGUUGGAAGAAAUAAUGAGUGAAAAGGAAAAUAAGACAAUUAUUUUUGUGGAAACCAAAAGGCGAUGUGACGAACUUACUAGAAGAAUGAGACGAGAUGGGUGGCCAGCAAUGGGAAUUCAUGGAGACAAGAGCCAACAGGAGAGGGAUUGGGUUCUUAAUGAGUUUAGAUAUGGCAAGGCUCCAAUCCUCAUCGCUACAGAUGUGGCCUCCCGUGGCUUAGAUGUGGAGGAUGUGAAAUUUGUCAUCAAUUAUGACUACCCUAACUCCUCCGAGGAUUAUAUCCACCGCAUUGGACGCACAGCCCGAAGUCAAAAAACGGGCACAGCCUACACCUUCUUCACGCCCAAUAACAUGAAACAAGCCAGUGACCUGAUCUCUGUGCUUCGUGAGGCCAACCAGGCCAUAAAUCCCAAGCUGAUUCAAAUGGCAGAGGACAGAGGAGGUCGUGGAAGGGGGGGAAGAGGUGGCUACAAGGACGACCGUCGUGAUAGGUAUUCCGGGGGUGGGAGGAGCAGCUUUGGCGGCGGUAGCUACAGGGACAGGGACGGUGAUAGGGGGUUUGGCAGUGGGCCAAAGAGUGCCUUUGGUGGCAGUAAGGCCCAAAAUGGUGGCAAUUAUGGUGGCAAUAGUGGUAGCUCUACUGGUAACUAUGGCAACAACAGCUACACCAACAGCAAUGGACAGGGUAAUUUUGGUGCACCGGCAAACCAGGUGGGUGCCUUUGGUAACCAAAGCUUCCAAGGCCCCCCUCAGUUUGGGGCCAUGCAGAGGGCCUCUCAGAAUGGCAUGAACCACCCACCAUUCCCUUUUAACUCCCAGCCACCUCCACCACAGGCCCAACAGCCGCCACCUCCACCACCAAUGGUGCCCUACCCCAUGCCACCACCUUUUCCUCAGUAGAGGUGAUUACGCACAAUAUAUUGAACCAACGUGAUUUUUGUUUAGUCUUGAAAUCUUACAGUAUGAGUGUUAUUAUUAAAAUGAUUAUAACCUUUUAUUAUUUGUACUGUUUAACUUGUUUUGCUUACAGCAGGGUUGGAAUUACUCAGUAAACCCAGAGCAUUCAUUGGAGUCGUAGAGAUGUCUCCUAUAGUGCAGCACUUUUUGUUUUUUUGUUGCACUUUUUGUGCUGCACCUUUCCUUGACUGUUGUUACAUUCCUGGGUAAUUUAUUUUUACUAGGUAAUGCCAUGUUUUCAGUUUGUGUUAUGUUUAAAGUAAUGUUAUUGAAGACCUUGUAUAAAGGGUGUGUGGCCCUUUUAAAAAUAAAAAAAAAUUCAGAAAGAAA